AUGAAUAAAGAUCAGCUAUGCUCGACGGAUGAUGAAUUGACCACAGAUGAUGAAUUUGAAUACAUAGAAACAGAACAACUAGGUGAUACAAGCCAGAUAAGCCAGCUCCAGAACGGGCUAGGGGAUAAUACAAAAGAAUCGAAUUACCAACUAGAUGAAUCAGCAGAGUUCUUCGAGAAGUAUGCAGAUAAAUAUUUGGAAUUUACAGAUAAUAAUCCUACCACAUUCCAUGUAAUUGACUAUUUCAGGACAAUCUUGGAGGAACAUGGGUUUAGAUACAUUGCCGAGGAUACGCCAAUAGGAGACGAGAUAUCGAAACAGGUCAAUGAAGGCGGGCUCUUUUAUACCGUGAGAUCGAACUUGAGUAUUGUUGGAUUUGUUAUAGGUGGUGAAUGGGAUGCAACGAGGGGAAUUGGGGUUAUUGGGUCUCACGUUGACUCGCUAUCAAUUAAGCUCAAGCCUAUUUCCAAGCACAAGCGUAUAAAUGGAUACAAUAUGCUCGGGGUAGCUGGCUAUAGCUCGACUUUGACUGAUUUAUGCUUAGAUAGGGAUUUCGGAAUCGGGGGCACGAUACUUGUGAGAAAGGCAGAUGGUACUAUCACAAGAAAGUUGGUUAAAUCGUCUCCCCAUCCAAUUGCAAAAAUCCCCAAAUUAGCUGAACAUUUCGGGGAAGUUGCGGACAAAAAAUAUAACCAAGAAACACAAAUGGUGCCUAUAGUUGGUUUUGGAGAGAAUAAGGAAGAACCCAGUGAGACCGAGAAAGCAAGCCCAUUAUAUGAAAAGCAUCCUUUGGAAUUAUUGCGGUAUAUAUCUAAGAUAUCGGAAACGCCACUAGACCAAAUAGUUGAGCUUGAAUUAGAGUUAUUUGAUGUUCAAAAUGCCACCAGGGGUGGCCUUUCUAGGGAAUUUAUAUUUGCUCCCAGGAUUGACGAUAGAUUAUGCUCAUUUUCUGCUAUCUAUAGUUUGAUUGAAUUUGGUAAAACUUUCAAUGAAAACUUUAAAGAAUAUGAUGGUUUUAAUGCAGUUUUAUUAGUUGAUAACGAAGAAAUUGGUUCGGGAACUAGAACGGGAGCAAAAGGUAAAUUUCUAAACGCUGUUUUGGAUAGGGUUAUAUCUAUUAGAGGUAAGAAGUCAUCUGAUGCUAAUUUAGUAUUUGCAAAUUCAGUCAUACUUUCAGCAGAUGUAACACAUGCAUUGAACCCGAAUUUUAAACAGGCAUAUUUGAAGGAUCAUUUUCCUGUUCCAAACAAAGGACUCACAAUCAAAAUCGACCCGAAUGGACAUGUCAUGACGGACACAAUUGGUCUAGCUUUAUUGGGGGAUGUUGCACGUAAAGAAAACCAGCAGUUACAGACAUUCCAUAUUCGAAACGAUGGCAGAUCGGGUAGUACUAUAGGUCCCGCGUUAGCAUGCGACACGGGUGCAAGAGUCAUUGAUGUGGGCUUACCACAGCUAUCCAUGCACAGUAUACGAGCUAUGUGUGGGUUCAAAGAGGUUGGUCUUGGAGUUAAUAUUUUCAAAUCAUUCUUCAAGCAUUGGAGAAAUUCUUACAACGAAAUAGACUAUUAG